AUGGCCAAAACCGUUACUGAGCCAGGAUUUUGCUACGCUGUAGACGUCAUGCUGGCUUCUCCAAACUCGCUCAAUCUACUGCAACACUCUCUCCUGCGGUUCCGCCCCAGCCGCGGAAACAAGUUCAUACCGUUCCCCCAAGACGAACUUCUCGGCGCGGACUUUGAUCUCCUUGUCCUUGGAUGCCAGCCACUCCAACCCAGCAUCGUGAUCCAUGCCUUCCAAUCUCACUCUCACCUCGCUAGAUCACCUCAACGGCCAUGGCGGCUCCGCGUAGAAACGCACCAGAGCGCCGUCGCCGCCUUCGGCACGAUUGAACCGCCGCAAUGGAACAAUAAUCCGGUUGUACAUCGCCAAACCCUGCCUCUCUUGGUCCCGCGUUAUCUCGUACGUCCCCAAAGACCCUCUACCAGAAUCCCUGUGGUCCACCACAACGAGACGCAGCGUCAGGAUGGGCAGGUUGAGCUCGUCUCGGAUCCAAUCCACCGUCUCGUCCCAGCCCCGGAGCGCAGGGUGAUCGUCGCGCGGCCGGUUGCCAUGAUAAAAAGGGGAAAACACAAUUUCGAGAAGCGAAUAUACCGCAGGCAGUGUCUCGGGACAACUCUUCUCAAGAAAUGGCUGGCCGCGAAGGACGUGUGCGGGUAA